CCUAUAAACAUCCAACGCUCCCUGGCCACGGAAAGUGUCACACACUGCUCGUAAAGAGAUUAGUUUAUUAUUCUCUACUUUGAUUCUCGCAAGAAUAUAGAGGAAGAUAGAGCUAAUUCUAUUCAAAAUAAUGAUGGCUAAAUGCGCGAGGAUAAUCCACGUACUGCCUUGUUUUCUGUCAUGUCGUUGACCUAUUCCGACGCUGAAAGUCGAGGACUCGUCUGGAAACAAUAAUGGACCGAGGCGGCUGCCAGUUAAAUGGCGGUGGCGGUGGGCCCGAGUCCGAAUCUGAGAAUGGGAUGAUCACGUUGGAAGACCUCGAGUCGUUUUCGGAAGACCCGCUGUCAGGUACGGGCAGUCUGGAUGAAAACACUGAGACCAUGGAGGAGGGAGAAGACCGACUGCUGCACUAUUGGCAGGACGUCGCAAGGGGUCACCAAGUGGAAGUCCCUCAAGACAUGGCAGAACCAAUCCAACAGCUGACGAGUAACGACGAGGGACGCAGUAACCGAGAGUGCGUCCCAUUCAACCGUCUCACACGCAAGGAGAAGUGCAACGAGUUGCUUUACGAGAAGCGCAGCUAUGAGAAGGCGCACUGGGCAUGCAUCACUGUGCGCGAGGAAACCUACGAGCAGAGCAUCUGCUACGGCUUCAUGAGGCUGAUGAGGUACAUCUGCAAGCAGAACUCCACCGGUGAUUACCUGGGAAUGAGCCUGCCCAUCGUGACAAUCAUCCACACCGACGAGAAGCAGUCUCUGAUUUCCCGCGAUGUCACCGUUGCCUACUACCUGCCAGCCGCCCACCAGUCCCAGCCUCCGCAGCCCACAGACAACGACAUAUUAAUAGAGAUCUGGCCCGCCGCUGUGGUGUACACAAGGCGUUUCACCGGACCCACCAACGAAGUGACCAUCAUCAAUCAGAUCCACGCUUUGGCCGAGGUACUGGACUCCCCAGGUGAGUGCGUCAACGAUUCAUUCAUCGUGGCGGGCUACACCAACCCUGCUCACGUCAACCGCCAGAACGAGAUCUGGUUCAUGGAGCGGCGCUGAGGCCAAGAAGAGGAGCAACCAGAGAGGUGAUCCACCUCCUCCCCCCACAGACAUCGUCCGUCACAAACCUGUCGACCGCACUUAACCAAGCCCGCCAUGUGGCUAGGAAGGGCAGACACACUUUGCUAUAGAUUCACUUUGUCAACACUCUCCAAUGUAGUUGGGGAUUUACAUCUGUGAUAAGAGUAUGCCCUUACCCGGUACAGUGUUCCCAUACUUCUUCUCUGUGUAAUCCUUACUUGUAAAACCACAUCACGACUCCUGACCCGACAAUAACUGGGCCAAUUUACACCUGUAGAUGCAGUUUCAAACCCUGCAUGUUACUAUCUCUUGGCCCUCUGUUGGCCUUAUUCCCUUACUUUCCUCUCUGCAACAUGAGGUACAAUGUUUCCUUGUAAUUGAGGAGUAUGCACCCGAACAAGAAAUUAACAACUUUGUUUUAGCCUCUUGUGGUUUUUACCUGUAACGUUCUCCUCCUGAUGUACUAUAUUUUCAAUCACACACGGUUUAUCAUCUACAAAAGUGGGGUUAUAUCUGUUGUACGUGGGCCAAGAAAACCGGUCUUUCCCUGGCGAACAUGGAUCUGCAGCAUAAUUGAUAAUAAAGAAAAACAGGUUGAAUAAUUUUAAAAUCGUAUAAAAUCGACCGAAAAGAAAGUCGUCAGUAUGAAUUUACAUAUGAAUAACGGAGUUGGUGAAUAUCAACACAACUCGAACAUUACUACAAACCAAAAGCAGUUAAAUUCAGUCCUUUUUAAUUGCAGAACGACAAUCAAAACAUGCUGUAUUUAAUGGGUUUAGUUUAUUUUCAAAAGUCAAUGCAUUCCUUGAUUUGCACAUACCCUUUACCUCUUUCUAUUCACAACUUGUGUCAAUAUUUGUCAUGAUGUAUGCACUACUGUGUACCUACUUUAAUAGAACUGCCACUAGAGUAGAAACUACUUAAAAAAAGAAAGAUUAAGCAAAAGCAAUUGCUGCCAAGAUAUUUUUUCAGUCCAAGAAAAAGGCAUAACUCAAAGAGUGGCAGUUAUGAAGAUAUGUAUUAUUUUUAUCUACAGAUUGUAUAAUCUAACAAACCAAUGCAAACGAUACAAAUCGAACUAUAUUUUACAAAAACUAUAUGGAGGAUAUUACAGAAUGACUACCGUUUGAAUUUGCGGUCAUGGUUAACAAAGCCAUACAAGAAUGUCACUAAAAUCAAUGCAACCAUCGGAUGAACUCAAAUCUCCACUGUGUGAAGACUUAUGAAUAAUGUAACAUAAUAUGUAACAACAACCAGCAAUUCCAAGCCAUAUAUCCAUUUAUUCUGUAGAUAUGCACCCAAUAUUGUUGAAAAGAAAAUGUGUCUCAGCUCAUCAAAACACCCUUUCCCAUUUCCAUGCCUAUCCUGUGAAUGAAAUGUUGAUCGGGAGCUGGUCUUAAUGCAAGUUAGAAGAGACAGGAACGUGUAGGAUGUAUAUUUCACCAGUGCAGGUUGGAUUCAAAAGAUAUAAUCUGAUAUUCCUCUACUGGUAGUACUAGUGCAUUUUAAAUGUAGGCUGUUCGAAUCCUAAGACCACUCUUUUUAAUUGGCAUAUUCUACCUAUGUUCUGUCGACAAGUGAAUGAAUGGAUGGUAUGUUUUUUGCUUUUAGUUUCUAUAAGCUUAUUUGUAUGUGAUUGGCAAUAGUGGGCUAUACAGUAAAUUCAGCGGCAAGAAAACAAUGUGGCUUUCUUUGUUGUGUUCAAAUGAAAGAAAAUGCUUGUUUUCUUUUGGCAAAUAUAUUGAUAUUGUAUUGUU